CCAGGGAGUUUUCUGGAUGUUCGUAGCUGUCCAGUACAUUGAGGGGAAAGGGGCUGGUCUAGUCGCUAUUAGAAACCUUCCUAAAGGGACUCGAAUCAUCGCCGAACACCCAUUCCACAGAUUCCCUACUGAUAUGGCCCUGGCGAACAUUUGGUCCUUGUUAACAAACCCCCCAACGAUGAGUGAUGAAUUCUUCAGGCUUCACGAAAACAAAGGGGAUGUCGCGGACCAGACCCCAGAGCAAGGCGCUUUAUCGAAUAUAUUUCCAACUAUGGACGAAUUUGGAGACCUAUUCUGGGCGAGCUUUCCCACCAUCGGUCUGAUCAAUCAUGACUGUGUUCCGAACGCCGAAUACUGGUGGGAUCAUGGACUGCAAGAUGGCAAAAUCCGCCUCAUCCGAAACAUCAAUGCAGGAGAGGAAAUCACCAUCAACUAUGGGUUCGGCCGCUGGUUCGACACGGGCAAGAACAUCAUCGGCGACAUCGUGGCAGGAAGGGAAAUCCAUUAUGGGUGUGGCGCGUGCCGAUGUCACUCAGCCCAUAUCAGAGGGAAAUUCGGAUUCACAUGCCUCUGCAACACCUGCAAAGAAGGAGCGAGCCAUCCGUAAAAACUUCAGACACGAAGAAGCAGCGCUUUUACGUGAGGACCUUCCCCAUAACAUUUCCUUCUUCCGCAUAUACCACCAAGGAGCCUGCCUCAGGAAGCUCUAUUUGCG